AUGUAUUUCUAUUUAUUUAUAUAUAUUUUUUUUUAUUGUGUUACAAAAUGUGUAAAUAUAAAAAGUGUAAAAAAAAAUACUGCCUUUUUAAAAUCAUUGAAGUUUAAAUAUAAAAAAAUUAAAGAUAAAAAUAUAAAUUUAAAUAUAGAAAAGCAAAUUAAUGAUAUUGCAUUUUAUCCAAUAAGCAGAAAAGUGUUGAAGAAAAAUAAUUUUUGUAAUAUUGGUGAUAAUAAAUAUAGUAAAUCUAAUAACAAGAUUCUUUUUAACAAUAUAUGUUCAUUAAUAAAUGCAGAAAAUAAUGAAAAAACAAAAGAAAUAGAAGAAUUAAAAAUAAACAAUAAUUUAGAAAUUAAUGAUUUUUUUAGUAGUCCAUCGGUCGAUUCAUUUGAAAGACAGGAAGUAAUACAACUAAUAGAAGCUUAUUGGUUACUGACAUUGAAGAAUGAAUUCUUAUUCAAAUUUUUAAAAAAAAAAAAAAGUAUGAUUUUCAGCGUAAGUUGUGGUGUAGAUUCAUUAUCUCUUCUAUAUUCUUUUAUUUUUAUUAUCUAUAAAAUAAUAAUAACAAUAGCAUGUAAAGAUGAUAAUUAUAUUUCUUUAUUAAAUAAAAUAAAUAAUGUAUAUUCAUAUUCACAUGAAGACAUUACAAAUUUAGUUUCAAAAUAUGAUUUUAAAACUAAUUUUUUUUUUUCUAUUUUAAAAAAUAUUACUGUAUUAUAUUGCAAUCACAAGGUAAGGAUAGAAUGCAACAAAGAAAAGAAUUUUUUAAAAAAUGUUUGUACUCAGUAUAAUCUUAAACUGAAAACAAAAGUACUUACAAAGAAAAUUAUUGAUAAAUUAAGGAAUAAAAAUAAAAAUAAUUUUUUAUUAUUGGCACGAAUGUGGAGAAGAAAUUCUUAUUUAGAAUUAUCAGAAGAAAUUUCUAAAAAGACUAAUAUUGAAAAAUAUAAAAUAUUAAAAAAAGAAAAAGAAAAUUUUUAUGAGCAUAAAAGUUUGAAAAAAUUUAUUAAAUCAAUUAAUUAUACAUAUAAAGAUUAUAUAUCAGAUAUAGACAAUUUUAUAAAAUUAACUAAUAAGAAACAUAUGACUAUUAUUUUGUUAAAAAAUAAUAAUACUUCUUUUAAAAAAACUAAUAAAAUUUUAAAUUUGGUAAAAUCUUUUGUAUUCUUAGGGCAUCAUAAGAAUGAUAACAAUGAAACUAUUUUAUUUAAACUAUUUAGGGGAGUAUUCAUUAAAAAUAUUACUGGAGUUAAAUUUUUAACAAAUUUUAAAAAUUGUUUUUUAUUUAGGCCUUUUAUUAAGUUAAACAAAAUUUUUCUCUAUAAAUAUAUGGGAUUUAUAAAUAAAAGAUGGAUUUUUGAUAAAUCUAAUGAAAAAUUGUCUGUAUCAAGAAAUUUUGUUAGAAAUGUAGUUAUCCCUAAUAUUUCUUUUAUAUUAAAAAACAAAAUAAAAAUUAAAAAUGAUUUAGAUGCGUUUCCAGGGAAUAAUAAAAAAAAUGCUGAUAUUUCUCAUAUUAAUUAUAGUAAACAAUUUUUAAUUGACGAAAAUAAUUUAAAUAAAAAUAUGAAUAAUACGAAAAACAAAUCAUUAAAUUUAAAUAAUAAUUUGAAUACUACGAAUAUUUUAGACAAAAGCUCCGAAUUAAAAAUAUGUCAUAACUAUAUAUAUCCAUCACUAGAUAGAAGAUUAAAAAAUUUGAUUACUCAAUCACAUAAUUUAGAUAAUUAUUUGAGUUUUUACAAUAAUAUAUUUGAUAUAUAUCAAAAAAAUAAAUAUUAUGAUAGUAACACUUUAAUUGGUAAUAUUUUUGUUAAAGAAUAUAUAAAUAUGCAAAACAAUUUAUAUAAUUCUUUUUUUUUAGAAGAAAAAAUGAGUCAUUUAAUAAAAAUUAAUAAAAUUAUGUAUCAGCACAACUUUUUUUUGAAAAUCUUUAAUUUUCUCGAAUUUUUAGUUUUGCCUUCUACAUUUAUUAGAAUAGAAAUUCUCUACAAUAUCAUUAAAAAAUAUACUAGCAUCAGUUUAAGUUAUGAUCGUAUUGAAAAAAUAUACCAUAUUUUAUUAUCAUAUGUUGAAAAUUAUUUAAAAAAUGCAAAAAAUAAGGAAAAAAUAAAUGAAGAAAAUUCUUUCAUUGCUUCAGAAGAAAAAAUGAUAGAAGAUAAAAAAAAAAAAAGAAAACAAAUAAAAAAGAAAAAGCAAAAAGUUAAAGUAAUAGAUUUAAACUUAAAAUAUAAAAUUAUUGUAAAUAACAAUUUGUUUCGUAUUUUUAAUAUUACUGACGAAAAAUUGAAAAAUCAAAAGUCAAUUAAUUUCAAAGAUAAAAAUGCUAAUGUAUUUACGCAUGAUAAUAUAUCAGCAAUAGUGAAAAGAAUAAAUAAAAAGAAUGUAAAAAAAGAAAAUCCCAAUGUGUAUUUGUUGAUUAAAAAAAGAAAAAAAAAGAAAAAAGAAAAAUUUAAUAUACACAUUCGCUAUUUAAAAAAAGAUGAUUUCAUUUAUUACGAAAAAAAACUUAUAAAAGGAAUAAAAUAUUUAUCAAUUCAUAAUAUUCCAUAUAUAUAUAAAUUUUCUUUACCCAUCGUAGAAAUAACAAAUUUUGCAAAAAAUAAUAUAAUAUUUUUCUUUUUAUUUAAAGAGAUAAAAAAUAAAAAUUUCUAUAUUCGUGAAUCCAUUAAAGAGAAAAAUAUAAACAAUCAUUUUAUUUACAAUAUAAGAUUUAUAAAUAAUAGUAAGUAA